AUGGAAGAGGAAGGAAUAGGGUUAGUGUUAGCCAGAGCCACAGAACUUCGAUUCAAGAUCACCAACUGCAUUCACCACAAUUCCAAAUCUUCUUCUCCCAAUGCUGUCGACGACGAAGAAGACGACGACGACGUUGCUACUGAUGGACUUCUCAACAUUUGCGAUGCACUCGAAGCUUUGGAGACUCAGCUUUCUUCUCUGCAGGUUCUGCAACAACAACAACGGUACGAAAGAGAAAUUGCCUUGGCUGAGAUUGAAAACAGUCGCAAAAUGUUAAUUAAUAAACUCAAGGAGUAUAAAGGUAAAGAUUUGGAAGUGAUACAUGAAGCUUCCACUUUUGCCAGUGAAACAGUGGAGCCAAACAAUGAUCUGCUUCUUCCUCCUUAUCCAACCCGUCCUCCAUACUCUAUGUCUCUUGACAAGGAAUAUCUGUCACAGAACCCUUCUGUCAAUAAGUCUGGUCGCAAUGGAUUAAUCACACUUGAUAAUGUGAUCGAGGCUAAAAGGAAUCCAAAUGAGAAAGAGAAAAAUCAUGUUGAAGAUGGAGGUAAAAGUUCAAGAAAAGGGUUAUGGUGUGUUAUAACUUCUGCAGCAAAAACAAUACUCACAGUUGUUGGCGUGGUAUCAAUAUUGAGUUUGUCUGGAUUUGGUCCUAAUUUGCACAAGACUCGUUUCAAUGCACAAGCCAAGCAUCACAGACUAGAAAACGAGAAUGUGAGAUCUACCACUGAGAGACUGUGUCCACCUGGGAGAGUUUUGGUGAUGGAAAAUGGGGAGGCUCGAUGUCUAGUGAAAGAGAGAGUUGAAAUUCCAUUUUCAUCUGAUGCUGCGACACCUGAUAUAAACUAUGGAAGUGGUUAA